AUGCAAUUCAAGAACAUGAUCACUGGCGCAGCCGUGCUGCUUGCCUCCGCUCCCGCCGUUAUGGCCAUUGGCUCUGCCACCGUGGUGAACAACUGUGAUUUCCCCAUCUACUACGCCUCUGUCGGCCAGAGCUACACUGCCGACAUGCAAGAAAUCAAGGGCAACUACACCGAGAAGUACAGCCAAGAAGGUGUCGGCAUCUCCAUCAAGCUCGCCCCCGUGGCCUCAACCUCUGGACCCGUCUCCCAAUUCGAGUUCACCUGGGCCAACGGCAAGAUCGCCUAUGACCUGUCCAACAUUGACGGCUACCCAUUCUCCGCCGGUGGUAUGGAGAUUGUGCCAUCCAAGCAGGGCGACUCGAGCAACCCGACCUGUGUCCCCGUCGACUGCCCUGCCGGUGAGGCCGUCUGCACUGCCGCCUACAACCACCCUGAUGACACCCGCACCAUGGUCUGUGACCAAGAUUCCGAUCUUGUCUUGACCAUGUGCCCAAGUGGUUCAUCCAAGCGUGAUCUCGAGGCCUCUCACCAAGGUCACGUCCACUACCGUGUUCACGCUCGCCACAUGCCCAAGCUGGCAUAA